CAAACGGUGAAACAUUAGACCGAAAGAGAUAUAACUUUCUUGCAUAACACUGCAUGUUGUCUUUCCUGUGAUGAUGAAUUUGAGCAGGCAUUUUGGAAAUAAUAUGACAGUCAUUUUGAAAUGUGGGAUAUUAUUAUUGAUUCUCUUUGACUGUCAGGCAAGUGACUUGUUUUUACAGAAAUCAGCUGCUGCACGGUUUUUGCCUCGAUUUGAGUUUUUGAAAGGGAAUCUGGAAAGGGAGUGCUGUGAAGAAACCUGUUCCAAAGAAGAGGUCCGGGAGGUUUAUGAAAAUGACCAACCAACUGAAAUAUUCUGGUACCUUUACAUUCUCAAGAAGAAUUCAAAUCUAAAACACAUUCUGGAUAAUGCAGCGGAAAUUCUUGAAGAGCAAAUGAAAAUUAAUGAACUUAGAAAGGAGCUCACUGGAAAGAAACAAGAAAUCAAUGAUUUAAAAGAACAACUCUUAGGAAAGUUAGAAAGUUGUAUCGAUGGUAAAUAAUAGGAAAGACAUUUUACUUUACUUGUUAUAUUCUGCUAAGGCUGAAUCAAACUAUGAAGUUUAUGUUAAAUUUGUAAUGUUAAACUUCUUGAUCAAUAAUGCUAAUGUAUGAAUGAUAAAUGACAUAAACUGAAUGUAGUUUGGGCCUGUUUCAUUUGUCUUUUAGGAGCUGUGCCUUCAGGUAUUAUUGUAGUUUGAAUCUAAAAUUUCACGUAUGAAAUAUCAAAAAAUGCUGUGUUGAUAAAUUUCUAAUAAAUUAGCUUCUAGUCACACUUUUA